AUGGGAAAAUUGAAUGAGAGCAUUGGAAACACUAUCUUAGAAAAAGCUCCAAAAAAUGCAAAGUAUACUUCUCCGGAUAUUCAGAAAGAUGUAUUGAAUGUUAUUGUCAACCAAGUGAGAACAAAGAUUCGCCAAGAAAUCGGGGAUGCCAAAUUCUGCAUUUUAGUUGACGAAGCAAGAGAUGCAUCUAACAAGGAGCAGAUGGCUAUUGUGUUAAGAUUUGUGGAUAUUGAUGGGGUUUUACGAGAACGGUUCUUUGCCAUUGUAAAUGUGGCUGAUACAACUGCUACAACACUUAAGAAAGAAAUAUUUGAUGUUCUUGGUCGUUAUGACUUGCAUAUCCAUAACAUGAGGGGACAAGGAUACGAUGGUGCUAGCAAUAUGCGUGGCUCUUGGAAUGGAUUACAGGCUCUUUUUUUGAAAGAAUGUUCAUGUGCAUAUUAUGUACAUUGUUUUGCUCAUCGGCUUCAACUAGCAUUAAUUGCGGCUGCCGAAAAAGAGUUACAUUCUGCUCAAAGAAAUGAAAUUGCACAUAUGGUAGCUACUGGUGAACGUGAUACCGGUAGAGGUUGUAAUCAGAUUGAAAAUUUAUUACGGCCAGGAAAGACUCGUUGGAGUUCUAAUUUUGACUCACUUUGUAGCAUGGUUGAUAUGUAUGGCUCUGUGAUCACUGUUUUAGAAAAUAUGGUGGAUGAGGGGUCUUCUAACUCCAUUCGUGGUGAAGCUAGUGGUUUGUUGAUUGCGAUGAAGUCUUUUGAUUUCAUAUUCAUUCUACACUUAAUGAAAAGGAUAAUGGGAUUAACAAAUCUACUUUGUCGAGCAUUGCAAGAGAGAUCUCUAGAUAUUUUAAAUGCAAUGGAGCAUGUUUCAACUACUAAAACUUUGCUUCAUGUUUUGAGAGAGCAAGGGUUUGAUAAUUUACUCAGUUGCGUGGAAGAAGUUUCAAAAAAGUAUGAAAUUGAGAUACCUCAGAUGGAAGCUUGUUACAAAUCUAGUAGAAGUCGUUCUUGUCAACAAAAGGAUUCGAUUACAGUUAAGCACCACUAUCAAUUUGAUGUAUUUGUUGCUGCAAUACAUUUUCAAAUUGAAGAGCUCAAUAGUAGAUUCAAGGACGAGGCAGUCGAACUUCUUAAGCUCAGUGGUGCUUUGGAACCUAAAGACAACUUUAAACUUCUUAAUGUUGAUCACAUCUAUCAACUUGCUGAGAAAUUCUAUCAUCUAGAUUUUGAUGCACAAGAUUUGCACCACUUGAGAACACAAUUGGCUCACUAUGAGUUUGACAUGCCCGUCAAUGAAAGAUUUCAGAAUUUAUCAACUAUUUCUGAAUUAUAUCGAAGAUUAGUUGAGACAAAUAAGUCAAAAACCUACAAUUUGAUCGAUAGGUUGAUUCGUCUUGUUUUAACUCUUCCCGUUUCUACAGCAACAACGGAACGAGCAUUUUCAGCUAUGAAGCUCGUGAAAACAACUCUUCGUAACAUGAUGGAAGAAGAGUUUUUAACAGAUUCUAUGAUCGUCUAUAUUGAACGAGAGUUGUCUGAAAACAUUGAUAAUGAUACAAUAAUUAAAGAAUUUUAUUCUAAGAAGAAUAGAAGGGCACAACUUCAAUAA